GUGCCGGAAUAAAAUCUGCAGGGCAAGCUCAGUUCCUCCAGCAGUAGUAGAUUAUAUAAAAUUCACACAGAUACCUGCAUUCUUGGUUUUAUUUAGUGAGUCCUUUAUCAGUUUGAACCUCGGAAACUCCUGGAAGUCUUCUUUCUCAGAAACCCCGAAGCAAUGACAUUUUCAAGCCCUCCGGGAAAGGAGUGUCCCAAACACUGGAGCUGGGGAGGCAUCAUGGCUUCCAGUCUCAUGGGAUUGCUUCUACUUCAGGCAGUGUCAUGGACAUCAGGUGCCCGUCCCUGCAUACCUAAAAGCUUUGGCUACAGUUCAGUGGUCUGUGUCUGCAAUGCCACAUACUGCGACUCUCUUGACCCCUUAACCCUCCCUGCCCCUGGUAACUUCAGCCGAUAUGAGAGUACACGAGGUGGACGUCGGAUGGAGAUGAGUAUGGGAACCAUCCAGGCCAAUCGCACGGGCACAGGACUUCUACUGACCCUGCAGCCAGAAGAGAAGUUCCAGAAAAUGAAAGGAUUUGGAGGGGCUAUGACAGAUGCUACUGCUCUCAACAUCCUUGCUUUGUCACCCUCUGCCCAGAAUUUGCUCCUGAAAUCAUACUUCUCUACAGAAGGAAUUGAAUAUAACAUCAUCCGGGUACCUAUGGCUAGCACUGACUUCUCUAUCAGUACUUACACCUAUGAUGACUCCCCUGAUGACUUCCAGCUGCACAACUUUAGCCUUUCAGAAGAAGACACCAAGCUCAAGAUACCCCUGAUUCACAGAGCCUUGAAAAUGACCCAGCGCCCCAUUUCCCUCUUCGCCAGUCCCUGGACAUCGCCUACUUGGCUCAAGACUAAUGGGGCAGUGAAUGGAAAGGGGACACUCAAGGGUCAGCCAGGGGAUAUCUACCACCAGACCUGGGCCAACUACUUUGUCAGGUUCCUAGAUGCCUAUGCUGCAUACAAGUUAAAAUUCUGGGCAGUGACGGCUGAGAAUGAACCUACUGCAGGGCUGAUUACUGGGUACCCUUUCCAGUGUCUGGGCUUUACUGCUGAACACCAGAGAGACUUCAUUGCCCAUGACCUGGGUCCAGCCCUUGCCAAUAGUACUCACCGCGAUGUCCUGUUGCUCAUGUUGGAUGACCAACGCUUGCUGCUCCCCAGAUGGGCAGAAGUGGUACUAAAAGACCCAGAGGCAGCUAAGUACGUUCAUGGUAUUGCUGUACACUGGUACCUGGACUUUCUGGCUCCAGCAAGAUCCACCCUGGGGGAAACACAUCGUCUUUUCCCCAAUACCAUGCUCUUCGCCUCUGAGGCCUGUGUGGGCUCCAAAUUCUGGGAGCAGAGUGUGCGUCUGGGUUCCUGGGAUCGUGGGAUGCAGUACAGCCACAGCAUCAUCACGAACCUUCUCUACCACGUGUCUGGCUGGACAGACUGGAACCUUGCCCUGAACCCUGAAGGGGGACCCAACUGGGUCCGCAACUUUGUCGACAGUCCCGUCAUUGUGGACAUUGCCAAGGAUACGUUUUACAAACAGCCCAUGUUCUACCACCUUGGCCAUUUCAGCAAGUUCAUUCCUGAAGACUCCCAGAGAGUGGGGCUUGUGGCCAGUGAGAAGAAUGACUUGGACACAGUGGCACUGAUACGACCUGAUGGUUCUGCAGUUGUGGUGGUGCUAAAUCGCUCUUCUAAGGAUGUACCUCUUACCAUCAGUGAUCCUGCUAUAGGAUUCCUGGAGACCGUCUCACCUGGGUAUUCCAUUCAUACCUACCUAUGGCGUCGCUAGUGAUGGAGCAGACACUCAAGCAGAUACCUGGGUUCAGCAUGGACAUUAAAAGGACAGUCAGCUCAUGUCUGUGACUGAGUAGGGCACAGUAGGGCCAGUGUGAGCUUACAGUGACACAGGCUCAAGGGUAGUGGUUUGGGUGAUUCACUCUACUCUCUAGUAGGUACCAGGGGCUGGAGGCCUCUAAAGAAAAAUCAGAAAGCCCUAAUGUGUCCCCACCCCUCAUGCUUGUAGAAGUGUGUGCAAUGUACUAGUUGCCCGUGGAAACUGGGCCUAGGCCCAGGGUGAGCUCACUGUACAAAUAAAGAUGGUGGGGGAGGGAGGUGAGCAGAGGAGACUGGGAAGACUGAACCCAAAACUGGGGAUUGUUUGUCUUUCCUGGAGAUGGAGACUGGGCCCAUGCAGGAGCAAAGCUAAAGCAAUUUCAGAAGCCUAGUGCCAGUGGGUAGGCUCAAGCACCCAGGGCCCAAGCUAAAGCACAAGCUGAGACACUGGCAGCACAUUUAAGGAGAGAAGGUUUGAUCCCA